GAUUUUUUCUUCCCUCCCUCCAGGGUGGAAGGUUAGCAGAAGAGCGGUUCUUUCUUUUCUGCUUAGGUCCCAGUGGCUGCUGUCGAAAUGGGCAAGUUUAUGAAACCUGGAAAGGUGGUGCUGGUGCUGGCCGGAUGCUACUCCGGACACAAAGCCAUCAUCGUGAAGAACAUUGAUGAUGGCACCUCAGACCGCCCCUACAGCCAUGCUCUGGUGGCUGGAAUUGACCGCUAUCCCCGAAAAGUGACAGCUGCCAUGGGCAAGAAGAAAAUUGCUAAGAGGGCAAAGAUCAAAUCCUUUGUGAAAGUUUAUAGCUACAAUCAUCUCACGCCCACAAGGUACUCUGUGGAUAUCCCCUUGGACAAAACUGUUGUCAACAAAGAUGUCUUCAGAGACCCUGCUCUGAAACGCAAGGCCCGACGGGAAGCCAAGGUCAAGUUCGAACAGAGCCUGCUGCUUGGAAUGUGGGUGGGAUGGCUGCAUUCCACUUGGGAUGAAGAAGACAAAGGCCACACACCCCAGGGAUGGCAGAGCAAAUGCCUGGAUAUAACCUGAUCCUAAGGACGUCAGGCAGCAGCCCCCACAUAAGAAC